AUGGGAAAUUGCUUUUUUUACCUAAUUUGCCCACAGCAGCUGCUUCUGCUUUCUUUUUCACUAUUUCUUCUCUUACUGAGUUUGUGUUUCUUUAUUUUUUUUAUUUGCUUGACGGUACGCGGAAGGGGCGUUGGUCACUCGCAGUGGUACAUGAACAACGAACAUGUUUUAGUCGGCGGUAGCCGGUUGCGCCUGGUGCCUUACUUGGCGCACCAUGUCCCUCGGUACCAUCAAUGGAUGGGCGAUAGCGAGCUGAUGCACUGCACAGCAAGCGAAAGACUUACAUUGGAGGAAGAGUAUGAAAAUCAGCGUGAUUGGCUAUGUGCAGAAAACAAGUUGACAUUUGUUAUUCUUGCUCCACUUUCUAUAGCUGUGAAUAAAGCAGUGCGAGAACAAAGGGGGAAUACUGCUUUUGGGAAAAAUCCAGUAGUGAGGGACGUUCAUGAUGAUGAUGAAAGGGGAGGGGAAACCGAGGAAGUGAGUGAGGUUGAAGGAGGCGAUUACGAAACUGCUGAUGUCUCUCAGGGUGGUGUUAAACGUGAGGCGCCAUGGAGAUGCACAUCUUCAACGACCGCCCGCCCGAGGAGGUCGUAUGGGGCUUGUAUUCCGGCGAAUAUUUCUCCC